AUGAGGAAGCUGGAUGCUUUCCCGUACCUGGAAGCUCUUCUGAAACAUCAGCAGCACCUGCAGAGACAAAGGGACGGCUUCGCCCACAGGAUGAAGAAGCUGGCAGCUAAGCAGGUGGAGAUAACAAAAAAGACCAACGCAGUGAAGGAGAAAAUCAGGAAAAAGUAUGAGGACAUGAAGCGGGUCCUGGAUGAGGAUCUCCGGAUCACGCUGACCCAGCUGGACACCGAGUACGAGGCCACAGAGAGGUUAGUUGAGGACAGGAUAGAGGACUGCUACCGCCUCACUCAGGAACUGGACCAGGAGCUUUCCAACAUCGGUGCCCAGAAUGCUGAAACACAAAAAAGAAUAUCUGAGACUCUGAAGCUGACCGACCCUGAACUGAUCCAGAUGGACGAGUUCAAGAGUGAACAGCUACUGUGUCUCACCAUCAACCUGCUGCUGUUCAUCAGAUCCCAGGUCCCCGUCACCAAGAAGCUCUUUCAGACCUAUGCUGCAGAUGUUGUCCUCGACGCUGACACUGCCCAUCCCAAGCUGAUUAUCUCUCCCAAAGGCGACUCCGCCACCUACACAGACACCUGGCAGGACGUCCCGGAGACUCCCUCCCGCUUUGAAACCACCCUAAAUGUAGUCAGCCAGCAAGGCUUCAGCGAGGGCCGCCAGUACUGGGAGGUGGAUGUGAGUGGGAAGACCUACUGGGAGCUGGGGCUCACCUACCCGAGCAUCCCGCGAAAGGGCCGCGAGGAGGACUCGUGGCUGGGCCGAGGCAAAGAGUCUUGGUGUGUGGAAUACUUUAACGGAGACUACACAGCCUGGCACGGUGGCGUCCAGCAUGAGCUGCCGCUGCUGGCAGGAAGACAGUUCACUCGCAUCGGGGUGUACUGCGGCUUCCCCGGGGGGGUGGUGUGCUUUCUAGGAGCUGACACCAUGACCCCGCUCUACUGCUUCUGCACUGGGACCUUCACUGACACCUUGCAUCAAGCGAUGUGUCCUGGCCAUGACAACGAAGGCACAAACUGGAAGUCCCUUAAGAUCUGCGACGCCUCCCGAUCAGCUCCUGUUCUCUGAGGUGGAGCAGGAAGGAUGGGGCAGGAAUGUGAUGCGCCGCGGGGCAUGCGCCAUCAGCGGCCUGAUCUGACAUUCUUAACUUGAGACUUGGCGUCUCUGUUAAAAAAACUAUUUUUACAGCUUAUCUCUGUUUUAAAUCAUGAAGUUCAUUUCCAGUAACUCAUUCUUUUCUUUAAUCAAAGCUAGCAUGACGUCAGAGCUGUUCUUCAUACUGUUGCGAAGUGUUUAUUUUUUAAACAUUUUAAUGCUAUGAUGAAUCAGGGAAUUGAAAAAA